AUGGCACAAACGGGGCACGAAAUCGGAAAAGUGUGUGGUAAUACUGAUGACACUGACGAAGACAAUGAAGAGGGUGGAAACAUUGUAGUUCGAAAAAAAGCAGCAGCGGACGAAAGUGCAGAGGACGUAAACGCAGAGGAGGCUAGGAAUAGCAGAUGA